AUGAGCUACGCCGCGCGCCCGGCCGGCGCGAGCACGACGAUCGGCGCCCGCCAGCCUGCUGUCGAGUACAUCUGUGCGGAUUGCUCGGCGACCAACGAAAUCCGUGCGCGCGAGCCGAUCCGCUGCCGCGAGUGCGGCCACCGUAUCAUGUACAAAAAGCGCACCAAGCGCAUGCUCCAUUUCGAAGCGCGGUAG